ACUCAGGCAGGAGGAUACCCACUUUGGUUACUUGAUAAGAAUUUACGAGUAAGACAUAUGGACUUUACCGGAUAUAAAAAAUACGACGAGCGAUUCGCUGCAUACGAAAAAGAAUGGUUUGAGGUUUUACUCCCUAUUAUUGCCAAACAUCAGAUUACUACCAAACCAGACGGUUGCGUGAUCGGUAUGCAGAUUGAAAACAAGUUGAUUGAGAGCAAGUGUGGGGUUCCAUUUGGUCUGCAUGAUGAAAUGAGGUUCCUAUGCAAAGUGGCUAGAGAUUGUGGGAUCAAUGUACCACUGUUCAAUAACGAUUCAACGGAACUAGGAAGCUUUAUUGCGAGGACUGACGAAGAAGAGAAUUUCUUUGCCAGAACUUUUGGAAAGUUGUUUGGAAACAGAAAGAAAUUCGGAUUGGAUCUGUACGGAUUUAGCAAAUAUGUUGUGCUCGUACCGCCUGCCGGCAAGGAGCAAUCGUCACUAAUGUGGAAACCAUGGAAGCCGCAAAUGUUUAUGAAUGGUGUUGAUGGCAUUGAACGUAAAGUGCGUGGUUUUGGUGGCGAGGCUGCAAGAUGUCCAAUAUUCAUUCCUGAAUUGCAAGGAGGCUGCUCUAACCAUUACAAAACUGGCUAUACAUUCGAUGAUAUGUUUGGAUAUUUCGGUGAUUUCUAUACCAAACUGUUAUUCGAAUCAGUUCUUGCUCAAGGAUGUACUAUGACAUCGAUACAUACAGCAUAUGGAGGCACGAACUGGGGAACAAUUGGAGACACUGAUGCGUACACGUCAAAUGAUUAUUCAGCAUGUAUCAGAGAAUAUGGCUAUAUAUCAUCCCGUAUGAGAGAUCUUCGUCAAUCUAUAUUAUUUGCCAAGAGUUUUUCAGAUAUAUUUAUCAAAACAGAACGCGUCACACAUCCCACGGUUUCAUCAUCAAUUGACCGAGUCGUAAAUCUGCAGAGGCAUUCGAUAACUACGGAAAACCAUGGCGAGCAGGUGACACUCACAUUCCUCAGGAAUUUCAGUAAAGAGAAACAAGCUGUCUUCCAAAUUAACGUCGACUACCAAGCAUCUUCAAAGAUGCUUUAUAAGAUCCAACUGCAAUGCUUUUUACCGUAUAAGCUGUCUUUCAUAGCUUUGGGUAACUACACGACACUCAACGGGCUCAAGCUGGUAUUUUCGACGUUGCCAAUAUACUUGCGCACGAAACUUCCUGCAAGUGAAUUGACUCCGGCCCAUGAAAUAUGGAUUGUACCA